AUGGAUAUACGCGGCUCAAGUCGCGCGCUGUGGGCUCCAUGCCGCAGGCAACAAGCGCGCCGCCAACAUCCGCGCCGCGUCGAGCGAGCGACAGUCAGUUCGGCGCCGACAGCUAUCACGCGUACACGUCUUUUUCGCAACAUGGCCGCUGCCCAUACGCACUCGGUCCCCGCGCCCUCAGACCGUCGUUCAGAGGGCCGCGCUGGUUCCCGCCGCAUAUUUCCACCACAAUUUAAGCUCCAAGUUCUCGACGCGUACAGGAGAGAUCCUCAAUGCAGAGGAAAUCAACGUGCAACUGCGAGAAAAUUCGGAAUUCACCGACGACAAAUCCAGAAAUGGCUACAAGCCGAACCGGCUCUACGUGCAGCGCAUUUGAGGAGAGCACCGCAACCUGCUCCUUCGCCACCGCCUUACUCCGUCGGCUCGCCAGAGAGCGCUCGCUUGCCUUCACCUCCGCCGGCGGCUUUGCCAAUCCAAGUGCCCACACCGAUAGCAGCUCCCGUGCCAAUCGCGCCUUUUACCGUGGAACCUAUAGAUUUGUCAUUAAAACGCCUUACACCACCUCCAGCACCGGUUCCAUCGUAUCCACGGCUGCCUUUGGCUCCAGAACCUUCGAGAAAACCUUUUAAAUUGUUCAGACCAUACCUAAUAGAAGACGAAGCAAAGAGGCCAGCCAUAGCGUCCCUACCCGUUAGUAGUGGCGUUCACGUGUCUGCAUUCGUGCCAGUGCAGAGCGCUGCGGGGUGCGGAGGCGCGGUGUGCCCCGCUUGGGGCACGCUAGGACCUGCCUACCCGACCCCGCUAAGGUGA